GCUUAGUGUGUGACUCAAUGAGUAUAAGCUUUGUGUGUGAACAAGAGACUGCGCACUACAGAGGAGGAAAGACACACACACAGCUUAUGAGUGCAAAAGAAUACUGCAGAAUGGGCAGUCUGGAUGAUGUUCCCUUUAAGGUUCCACUGGGUUCUCUGGAUGAGCCUCUGGGCAUGAUGGAGCCGGUCACUGCCCAAGAAAUCAUCAUCCCAGACUACCACCAAAAACUGCAUGACCUGCAGUAUGACUUCUGUCUGGAAAAAUGGGUUGUGAAUGAGUUCCAGGUCCAUGCUCAUUCAAAUAAGCGUGUUUUUGUUCCCAAGUGUGGUUGUGUGCUUCCAUCCUGCCCUCCAUACUGGCUCUUGUUCAGCAGCCCUCGGGAGAGGCGCCCUGUCCAUCUCUACAGAAAGGGAUUAUGUGACAAAGGACAGCGACAACGCAGCCUGAGCUUGAGUCUGGUGGAUGUGCAGAGACGCCACCUUCCCUGUAUGCACUCGGUCAUUGAUGACUUGGCACGUGAGGCUGCUGGCUAUAGCGAGGAUGACGAGUGCUCCUCCAGUGAAGAAGAUCGAGGUUUUCACUCUCAGAGAAGAGAGAGGGCCAAAUUUUCACUGCUUCAAGAGGCUCAGAGGCCUAUGUCACCCCGAGCCCUGAUCCACACACACAAGAGCUCCACCAGCUCUCUGAAGGAGAUGAGCAGCCCACCAAGCCUGAGGUCCUCACGACCUCACAAAAAACACACCUCCAGGGGCUCCAGUGAAAAACGAAACAUCAUCACUAACAAACCACAUGCCACACACUCCAAGCUCCAGCCCAGACCCUCAUCAGCUGGCCCGCAGCCCUCUGCUCACCAACGCAAAUCCUCUCUGCAGGCUGCUCGUCCACGCACUUCUCAUGGAGAUCGCCACUCGGUCCCAGACUCCUCAGCGGAGCUACUGUAUGCUCUGAGCCAGGAAGAGAGAGAACUGGUAGAAAGCAUCACUGCUCAGGGAUACACACUCCGUUCUACCAUCCUGGCUCUGCAAGCCACUGGCACACGCAGUGCAGAUCAGAUUCUGAAUUAUCUGUUGGCACGUGAUCAUCUGUGUGCACAGGGUUAUGAGAAAACUCAGGUGGAGGACGCUUUGGAGAUGUUUCAGAACUGUGAGAGCAAGGCUACAGAGUUCCUACGAUUGCUGGCUCAGUUCUGUGAAAUGGGCUUCCAGCAGAGCACCAUUAAAGAGGUUCUGCUCUUACAUGACAACCACCGCGAGAGAGCACUGGAGGAACUCGUGACGCGUGUCACCUGAACAUCCUGCAAACAUGAAGAGAUGUUUCUCAGCACACAAC